AUGGCAGUCGUGGGGGAUGUUCGGGCUGGGGCGGCGCGAACAGAGGAGGGAGCAGACGAGUCUGAAGGAGUUGGAUCUCAACUGGGCGUGGUGGUCUGGGAUGGCUCGGAUGUGCCACGCCUUCGCUCUGAGUCUUCGACAUCUUUAGAAAUCAGCGCUUAUGACAUAGCUGACGCGUUUGAACAAAUGUGGCAGAAGAAGCGAUACAACGAGAUCUUUUUCAUGAUCGAUACCUGUCAAGCAAAUACAAUGUAUUCAAAGUUCUAUUCGCCAAAUAUCCUCGCAACGGGUUCUUCACAGAUUCGCGAAAACUCUUACUCCUACGAGAAUGACAACGACAUUGGUGUUGCAGUCAUCGAUAGUUACACACAUCAUGUUCUGGAGUUCAUGGAAGGUAUUGGCAAGACCAGCCAUAAAUCAAUACAGGAUCUGGUGCGUGCUAUCGGUUUCGAGAAGAUACACUCCCAUCCAGGUGUCCGCUCAGAUCUCUUCCGGAGGCCACUUCGCCAAACACUCGUGACAGACUUUUUUGGAGGCGUUGCACAGGCAGAAAUUCUCCCUUCGCUACUCGUCCCUUCUGAUGAGGUUACUUCGAACAUGUCAAAGCCACUAGACAUACGACCAUCUGCGCCAAACAUGUCCGCGAGGCUGGCGGACCCUGUCGAGAUGUACCGUACGAAUGAUUCGUCUGGUGAACAUCGAGUUGCGCCCACGAGAACCCUUGACACGGCCGCGAUCUUCAACAGCUACGCGGAGGCUGACCGAGGACCGUUCUCUGUCGCCGCACGCGCGUGGGCUUCGGUAGCUCUCGCCGGGAGCCUUAUAGCGUGGGUUAUACGGACUAGCAAGCAGUAG